UGCAGAGCUAGUCAUUGGCACUGGGAUCCAAGAACUGGUGGAGCCAAGACGUUGGUCCUUCUCCUUCCAGCUUUCGCCUGCUGAAGAGACAUCAGUUUUGAGGACUGGAAUUCCCAAACACUCUGGUCCCCAUUUCUUCACCAGGGCUCGGUUUUUCUGCAGUGAACCAUGAUUGUCCUUUGUGUUUUCCUCGUUCUUUGCUGUAAUUUGGUCCAGGGUCAGUUCCCACGGGCCUGUACCACAUCUGUCACAUUUCGGAGCAAAUCCUGUUGCCCCCUUUGGAAGGACGGCAGCCCCUGCGGCUCCAACUCGGGCCAUGGCAGAUGCCGUGACCGGGUUGUCUUCACUUCCUUUGCUUCUGGCCGACAACGCCAGUAUGAUGACGACCGCUUGGACUGGCCAAAAUAUUACUACGACAAAACCUGUGAGUGCUUUGGAAAUCACAGCGGCUACGACUGCGGUGACUGUAGGCAUGGGUAUUUCGGAGAUCAAUGCGACCGCAAAAACACUGUUGUGCGUAAGGAAAUUCGAGAACUUUCUUUGCUUGAAAGGAAAAGAUUCUUCAGCUACUUAGUGCUGGCUAAAACCACAAAAAGUCAGGACUUUGUCAUCCUCUACACCGGAGACCGCCAUCACAAGGACACGUACAAGUUUGUUGAUGCCACCAUCUAUGAUGUGUUUUCCUGGAUCCAUUACUAUUCUAUGAAGACCAUUCUAUUCAAUGGCACCUUUGAUGAUACAACAAACUACGCCCAUCAAGGUCCAGCUUUUCCUGGUUGGCAUCGAUUGGGUCUUCUCUUCCUGGAGAGACAAAUUCAGCUUUUGACGGGGGAUGAAAAUUUUGCCCUUCCUUAUUGGGACUGGAGAGGAGAUAAAAACUGCUCAAUCUGCACCAAUGACUUCCUCGGAGACAAUGACGUGCAAGGGUUUCUCAGUCCAUACUCCCAUUUUGCUUUUUGGAAGUCUAUUUGCAGCGGUUAUGACUAUGAUGAAGCUUACUGCCUGGGUGCUGAUGACCAGAAUCAGAUGGAAAAACUGCAUAGGAAGCCUGGCGUUGAUCCUGAUUUCGCUAAGCUGCCCACUAUGCAAGACGUGGAGGAAACUCUGAAAUGGAAAGAUUUCGACCGCCGUCCCUACAGCAGAUCAGCAAGGAGAAGCUUUCGUAAUGCCUUAGAAGGCUUUAUAAACCCCAAAGAUGGGGUAACGCGACAGAACGGCAUGCAUAACCUGGUCCAUAUCUACCUUGGAGGGACGAUGUCCGAGGUUCCGAUCUCCAGCAACGAUCCUAUAUUUGUGCUGCACCAUUGUUUUAUUGACAAGAUCUUCGAGGAAUGGCUUUGUAGACACAAUGCAACUUCAGACAUGUACCCUGAAAAUGACCAACCAGGUCAAGGUCCUGAGGAGUGCUCCACUCCGUACUUCCCGUGUUACAGGAAUAAAGACCUCCUACGCAAUGCUACAAACUUUGGAUACAGCUAUUCGAAAUACCAGGGGAUGUAAUGCGCCAAUAAAGCAAGUCCUAUGAGACUGGGAUCUGUUCUUUGUGUGAUGGGAGUGUGCAACCUCAGGACAACAGCAAGCUCUCAUAUCAAAUCUGUCCAAUCAUCUCACUUCAUAAAUCCUCCAUGAUGAAUUUCCAAUGUAAUUUGGUAGAUCAUAACACACUCUAACUAAGGAAUUAAAAUCACGACAGGAAACCUA